AUGCAUUUAUUUUUAUCGCUAAACCGAAUUUCGUUUUUGGCUGUACCGGCAUUCUUUCUACUCUUCACUAAUGUCGUGAUCGCUCAAAAUCAAGUUGUUGAAAACUCCGAUCAACAAUAUGAAUUUGAUUAUCAAAAUGAUAUUGUUGCUUUUAUAGCCAUUACCUUUGGUCACAUAAACUUGUGUGCAUGCCUUUAUGUGAUAUAUUCGGCAUUUAAAAGAUGGCGUGCAAGUUCUCUAUCAAUAUCAACCCGUAUUCCACUAUAUUUUGGAAUUCUUGAAGUGUGCCAAUAUAUCGUACUUAUGCCAAACUUUAUGUAUUCUUUGAUAAAUAAACAAUUAAUUCCCGGUUUCUGCUGUGAAGUUCUUGCCUACCUGCUCUUUUUGCAAAUUACUAUAAACAUGAUUUUGAUGGCUAGCAUAGCCAUGACCACUUAUCUGGAACGUAUGAUUGUGACGAUACCUUCUAUCCGAUCUUUGGGUCCUUCUCGGUUUUGGUGCAUGACAGUUUCUAAGCAAGCGAACGAACUAUUAAUUGAUGGAUUUACAAUAUUUUGCGUGACUUUUUUUAUCACUUGUUUUUGUUAUCUUCAAACUCUAUCGACUAUAUUUAAUAUUGAUCAUGAUGGAAUGACCGAUUGUAAAGAAAGAAUGGAUAGAUGGAAUAAAUUAGAAAGAAAAGCGACAAGAAAAAUUUUGAUGUAUGUCGUUAGUUUUAUGAUUAGAUGGCUACUCUUGAUCCCUUUUGGUGUUGGAGUUAUGUCUGGGCAUGAUUACAUUUGGAUGCAUAUCACAGCUGUUGUUGAACAUCUAUCUGCUUUUAAUGCAUCGGCAUUAAAUGUUUCUCCAAAAUCUAUUACUAUACCAAUGGCUGUUUUUAUUCCAUCUAUAUUCAAUCCUGAUAGUCCCACUUUUAAUUGUGAAUCUAUUUAUGGAAUAAAUUCUUUAGAUAGUGAUAAUUAUGAUGGAAAAAUUCGUGAAAAGCAGCAACAACCCAAUGGAGGUAGGAGUCCAUCAGAUGAUGAUAGUUCUACACAAACUGACACUUCAGAUAUCGAAGAAGAGCUCUAUUUGGCAUUAUGUUAA